UUUUUUUUUCAUUAAGCGCCUAAGAGACCUUGACAUUCAAGCACCUGCCGCGAAAAGGUUUUUGAAGUCUGGUACUGUGAUUGUCGUUUUUGGGUAAUAUUCAAAGUAUAUGUUGGAGCUCAGAAGAAUUUGCUGUUGAAUCUACCACAUUCAAACCACUCCCAGAAUGAGUGGUAGCAUCUUUACCAUAUUCCCACCCGUCCCAGCCGAGGAUUCCAUUACAUUAUGUGAACAGAAUGGACAAAUGGUUAAUGUCCGUUCAGAUGGACGAGUGCCAGCUGCCAACAGGCUCCCUGGUUACCCGGAUGUAACUAUUCCCAAAGACACAACCAAGAGCUUAUCACAAAGAGAGAACGCGAAGUCUGCCUUCCUGUCUCAUGAUGAAACUGUGUGGAAAAGAGCAAUGCAUGCUUGGUAUGAGAUUGGGCUGUCUGGUGUGUUUGAAGAAAUAGUCAACAGUCAAGAUGAAGUACCAAAAUGGGCUGCUGCCAUGGCCAGGUCAACUUUGACAUUUGUAAGAGGAACAAACUCCCUCCAUGGAUCACUAUUCCCUCAUUUGUCGAUGUCAAAUGAAGAUAUAAUUAGAAAGUUUACCCAUAUGGUGGAGUGGGCUUCAAGUCCAGUGAGAGCAUUUGCCUGGCACCCUCACACUACGAAAUUCGCAUAUGCCAUGGAAGAUGACUCCAUCAAAGUACACAUGGCACGUAAUGAACUUGUCCCUACCUUGAAGCACAAACUUCAGAAAAAUGUUUCUGACUUGGCAUGGAGGCCCCAGUCAGCAUCUGUGUUAGCUGUGGCAUGUCAGUCCUGUAUCCUCAUCUGGCAAGUGGAACCAACGUCACUCGCAACACGGCCAUCCACAAGUUCUGUACAGGUGUUACAACAGAGUAACCAUGCACCGGUAACCUCUCUGUCCUGGGACCCAAACGGAUGUGUUCUCUUGUCUGCCUCACCUGUGGACACUGCUAUUCUGGCCUGGGAUGUUCCUAUGGAAACCUGUAUUCCACUGAGGCGUGGAGGAGGUGGAGGCGUUUCCAUGGUUUCCUGGUCACCAGAUGGCAGCAAAGUCUUCACUGCCACUCCUUCCAAUGUGUUCAGAGUUUGGGAAACCACUAGAUGGAGUUGUGAGAAGUGGACAAAGUGUUUAGGACGCUGUAAGGCAGCCUGCUGGAGCCCAGAUGGAAGUGUGUUAUUGUUUACCACAGAGCGUGAACAAAUCAUAUACUCCCUUACAUUCUCAACAUCUCGAAAUGAUAGAGGUAUAGUGAUUGGUGGAUCCCAGUCAGCUGUUGCCUCAGUGGACCUAUCAGAGGUUGAGGUGAAGACUGAAGACAAUGAGGAUGUUGAGAUCGGAGGCCUGGUUCAUAAUAUGGUGUGGGAUUCAAAUGGAGAGAGACUUGCGGUACUUUUAGGUGGUGGUAAAAACACGAAGCGCAUGGUGGUACUGUUCCGGACCAAAGUGUCGCCAUUGCUUGAAGUAACACCUUGUGGUUAUAUAAGAGGAGAUAACUGCGGCAUCCCUUACCAUAUCUCAUUUCAACCGAACUACGAUAACGGAGCACUUCUCACUGUGGUGUGGUCUACAGGCAGCGUGGGGUACGUUCCCCUCUACUUCGUCGCCAGUGAUGUCGUAGAGUAUCACAGAUUCCAACAGAACGCACCAAUGCUAAAUGGACAAAUACUCUCACCAAUCCAAUCAGUUUCCUGAUACAACUUUAAUUUGACCCAGAAACUCAUUCUUGGAUCUGUGAUUUGUAUUAAAUGCAGUUGACAUUUAAGAUUUUCAACAUAGAUAUAUAUUUUUCAGUCUUUGUUGCAAAGAUUUAUUGAUAAUAUAGUAAAAGGGGACUCCUAAGUUACAAGCAGAUUAGAUUCCUUUUCAGACUGUUACGGCUCUAAGCUCUGUAAUGAAGGUUAAGUCAGUGUUUGCAAAGACAAUUUGAAGUUAGAGGACUUUUUCCUUCCUUGAUGUGAUGAACUUUGGAGCUUCCCAGUUAUAAUGGAAUGAUCUGUAUUGUCAAUUUUUAUGACACGAACAAUGGAAUGAUAAUAGAUUAAACAUAUGUACAGUUAAUUAUGAUUUACAAUCUGCUAUUAAGAAAUCAAUAUUUAAAUUGACCCAGGUACAUUUGUAUCAAGGCAUUUAAUGAUUUUGUGAAUGUGCUAUUGACAAUUUAAUGCUAUUGAAAGAUUUGAAUAUUUCAUUAAAGUGCUAGUGAGGAAUUCAAUGAAUUUAUCAACCUCCUAUUGAGAAAUUUAAUAAUGCCAUUAACAUCCUGGUUAGGAAUUAAAUAAUGUCAUUAUCGUGCUGAAUAAUUUCAUUGAUUUGCUAUUGUGGAAUUAAACAAUUUCAUGAACUUGCCAUUGUUGAAUUUGAAUACUUUAAUUCAUUAAAGUUGUGUCCUUGUUGAAUUGAGGAUCAAUACAUGUUUAAAGUUGAAUAAAAGGUAAUGAAAACCGA